AGGAAUUUUUUAUCUACAAGCUCACUCACCAUAAACUUUGUUGACUUUCCAGCGCCGGAGAAGCCAUUCUUCACUGCCGUACCCAAACUCAAUUUUCGCUUUUCCGGCGAGUGUAUGGCGUCGAUUCGAAAUCGAUGGGGCGUAAUCGCACUGGUGAUAAUCCUCGCCGUCGAACCGAUUUCGUCCUCCCUCUCUCCAAUCAUUCAAAUCAAGCCGGGAAAGAAGUACCGUCUCUUCGGCGAUGGAGGCCGGAGAGGCCCCGAUUUAUACUGCGAGAGUUGGUGGUUCACAGUGGAGACAAAUGACGCCGGCAGCUGGACCCAGGUUCCGGAGAGAUGCGUAGAUUUCGUUAAGGAAUACGUCACCGGUCCGCGGUACUUGUCGGAUUCGGACGCCGUCGCAGAGAAUGCGGUGGCGUACGCCAGGGAGGUUGAGGUUUCUGGAAGGGAGAAGGAUGCUUGGGUUUUCGACGUCGACGAGACAUUGCUUUCCAAUGUUCCGUAUUACGCCGCGCACGGAUAUGGAUCAGAGCUUUUUGAUGAACCUAGUUUCGACAAAUGGGUCGACUUGGCCAUUGCUCCAGCAUUACCUGCAAGUUUGAGAUUGUACCGAGAGCUUCAAGAGCUCGGAUUCACCAUAUUCUUGUUGACCGGUAGGUCUGAGUUCCAAAGGAACUCCACAGAACUUAAUCUAAGGAACGCCGGAUUCAACAACUGGAAACAGCUCAUACUGAGGGGAGAUGAAGAUCAAGGGAAGCCGGCCCCGGAAUACAAAUCCGAGAAGAGAAAGGAGAUAGAACAAAAAGAAUAUGUUAUUCGUGGGAAUUCGGGGGAUCAAUGGAGCGAUUUGAGGGGAUUCGCCGUGGCUAGGCGAUCUUUCAAGCUGCCUAACCCCAUGUAUUUCAUUCCCUAGUUGGAUUCUACAAAAAAGUCCCACAGUUGGUUAGUUUCAUGUUCGAGGCAUGAUCGCGAGCCCGGUAACUUUUUUAAAGAUUUUAUUUAUUUAAUUUAGAAAUUUUCAUGGCUCAACUUGGGAUGCAUAUUCUUGUUUAGGCCAUGGAGUUGCUUUCUAUUUAUGUUUUUGAGGCUUUAUUGCAAAUUCGCAAUGGGAGCCUAACUAUUGGAUAAUGUUAUGUUUAGAUACAAUACUAUGAUUUAAGGAUGAAGAUACUUUAAAUUUUAUCAUACACCUAUUGUAAUUUAAGCAUAUUUAAUUAAGGCAAUGACGAUAGAUAAUUAUUAG